UUGUAGCUGUCAGUCUCGAGCCUCUGAGUUCUAUCCUCCCUAUGAAGGUGCAGUAACACUGAGUCUACUGUGGAGUCCAGGAUGAAGUUCUCAGUCAUCUGCGUGCUCCUGGGAAGCCUCGCUUCAGUGGAGGCUGCGCCCAUGGAUCCAAAAAUCAGAUGGUGUUUAAAGUCCGAGCAGGAAGCUCAGAAAUGCAGACAUCUCACCUCCAAAUCGGAUUCUCUGAGCUGUGUGAAGCGUGAGGGAUCUAUGGAAUGCAUCAAAGCCAUCAAGAAAGGUGAAGCAGAUGCCGUCACGCUGGAUGGAGGAGAUAUCUACACAGCCGGUCUCUCGCCCUACAACCUUCACCCCAUCAUCGCCGAGCAUUACGGCACGGAUGAAGAAACGUGUUACUACGCUGUGGCCGUAGCCAAGAAAGGAACUGGUUUUGGCUUUAACGAGCUCCGGGGGAAGAAGACGUGUCACACGGGUUUGGGUCAAACAGCAGGCUGGAACGUCCCCAUCGGCACUUUGGUCUUAACUGGACACAUUAAAUGGGCCGGCAUUGAGGACAAACCAGUAGAAGAAGCGGUGAAGGAGUUCUUCCCGGCCAGUUGCGUUCCUGGUGCCAUCAGCAGCUUGAGACUGUGUGAGCUGUGUAAAGGCGACUGCUCACGCUCUCACAAGGAACCGUAUUAUGGUCAUGAUGGAGCUUUCCAGUGUCUAAAGGACGGAGCUGGAGAUGUGGCCUUCGUGAACCACUUCACAGUGCUCGCUGGUGAUCAGUCCCACUACGAGCUGCUGUGUAAAGACGGCUCUCGGAAAAGCGUGGACGAGUUUAAAAGCUGCAAUCUGGCUCAGGUUCCCGCCGACGCUGUGGUCAGCCGCAAAGACAAAGAACUGGCCAAGCGCAUCUUCAACGUUCUCGAUAAACUCAAGGAUAAAGGUCUCUUCUCUUCUGACGGCUUCUCAGCGAAGAACCUCAUGUUUAAAGACUCCACUAAAGGACUGCUGAAGCUGCCGGAGAGCACGGACUCCUUCCUGUACCUGGGAGAAAACUAUGUAGCUACAAGCCACGCACUUACAAAAGGUUUCAGCACGAGCAGCAAAUCUACUGAGAUCACCUGGUGCACCGUGGGUCACGCUGAGAAAAAUAAAUGCGACAUGUGGACCUUCAUGAGCGUGGACGAUGAGAGGAACAUCAGGAUCGAAUGCCAGGACGGCAACACAGUGGAUGACUGCAUCAGCAGGAUCAUGCGUAAAGAAGCCGACGCCAUGGCAGUGGAUGGAGGACAGGUGUAUUCUGCAGGAAAGUGUGGUCUGGUGGUGGCCAUGGUGGAAGAGUACAGAGAAGAUUCAAUGUGCAGUGUUGAAUCUGCAGAUACUUCGUCCUAUUAUGCUGUAGCUGUAGUGCGCAAGAACUCCAGCGUGACCUGGGGAACACUGAUUGGCAGGAAGUCGUGUCAUACGGGUUUGGGACGUACAGCAGGCUGGAACAUUCCCAUGGGUCUCCUUCAUGAGGACACCAAAGAGUGUGAUUUCUCGAAGUACUUCAGUGAAAGCUGCGUGCCAGGUGCAGAUCCAGAAUCAAAUCUGUGUAAACUGUGUAAGGGUGCUGAAGGGAUCAGGGGGAUUGUAGAAAAAUGCAAAGCCAGCACUGCAGAGCGCUAUUACGGCUACGCUGGAGCCUUCAGGUGUUUGGCUGAAGGUGUCGGUGAAGUGGCCUUCAUAAAGCACAGCACUGUAGCUGAAAACACAGAUGGCAGUGGACCAGCGUGGGCUAAAACCUACAAAUCCACAGACUUUAAACUCAUUUGUCCUGGUGGCUCUGCUGAAAUCACAAACUAUGAGAAGUGUCAUUUAGCCAAAGUUCCAGCUCACGCUGUCGUCACUCAUCCGGAGAAACGUGAUGACGUGGUGUCGUUCCUCAAACAGCAGCAGGCCAUGUUUGGUCAUUCCAGCUCUGGAGACGUGUUUAACAUGUUCAAGUCUGAGGGCAGUCAAAAUUUACUCUUCAAGGACUCCACUAAAUGUCUCCAAGAAGUUCUACCAGGAAAAACCUACAAGGACGUGUUGGGGAAAGAAUACAUAUCAACGAUGGACUCCCUGCGCGAGUGUGCGAGCAGCACCACGGAACUGGAGAAGGCCUGCACCAUCCACUCCUGUCAAAAGAGACUGUAGAAGCUCUCAGACAUUGUCUCUGUCCUGCAUGUACAUGAGAGCAUGAAGCCAGAUGUAGGCAACGUCCCACAAUUUCCUGUUUACAAUUAAUCUUAUCGUUUAUGUCAUUUAAAAAAAACAACAACAAAAACGUCUUACUUUUACUUUUUUAUUUAUUUUCACGUCUAAAAGAAAGAGAUACGAUCAGGAACACAAGCGUUCAUAAACAUUACCAAACAAAUAACACGUUCCCCACCUGAAGGAGAUAUGACACUUUACACCUUCAAUAGAAAUAUAUUUUACAUCUGAUCAACUGAAGCUGGUGAAGAAAUCAUUUAAAUUAAUAACUUGUUAUUGGGUUUCUGGUUCAGGAAACGUUCUUACACUCCAUUAGCAUUCCUGAGGUUCUACAUAUUAAUACCGCAGAUCCCACAAAUUACUCCUAGCCAAAGGUGACAUUUCCUUUCGGAUUCUGCUUCCAGCCGUGGGUCAGAUGUUUGGUGUGGAUGAUGGGGCACAUAGUUCAUGGAUUGCUAGAAUCCUUGUGGAACACAUUGCUGGACACCAUCUUGGGUGUGGUUUAAGGACAUGUUUCCAGUCCCCCUUUUUAAGUCCAUCCAGUCCAUUUAAGGGCCAUGAGGUCAUCACCAGACUGUAAUUUUAGCUGGCUGAUUUCUCACCUGCCCUCAGUGCCUCUGGCUCCAUAAUAACACCUUGGAAGGUUGUGGAGGCUGAAGGCACUUUAUGGAUUUUAAAUAGCACAGAUGAGAGGAGGACUUCUUGGUCACCUUCCAAAAUGUUGUAAUUAGUUGGGAUCACUGGCAUCUCACAUCUCCAAGGUACAUGGUCUAGAUCAUCUAAUCAUCCUUCCCAUGCUAUUGCAUGGCUGUGCAUGUUAUCCUGGAAGUAAAUCAGCAGUUUAUCUACCAACCUGCAGCUUGGUCUCCUUCAGCUAUUAUCAACUUUGUCCAGUAGUGAAAGUGCAGGUGAUCACCAAAAUUUGCCGAGUUACAGUGGGUGGGUCGUUCACUUUCUGGGUCUUCUCCCUGAUCUUCUCCCUGGUACACCAAUUCUAUCCAUUUUAACUACCACGUGAAUGGGAACUCCAACAAGCCCCAGUUAAGAGCCCAUCAGAUCAGGUAGCUUGCUGCCCCAUACUUUAGAGGUAAAAGUACAGGAUGAGUUGGAGGUUAAAACCAGUUUUUCAUGUCCCAGGUUUAUACAUAUUAAGGGCUACAAGUUAAUUUUCUUCCAACGGCCAUGGUAACAACAUUUCUACAGCUUUUAGGUUUCAGCGAUCUCCUUCUGCUAGCAAAGGUAGCUUUAUUAUUCUCCACGCUCCACACUGAGACUGGACUUGAUUUGCAUUGAAGCAAUCCAUGGAGACCCUCCUCUCUCUGCCUCUUCAGCAGGAUGGAGAUUAUGUUAUGUUAUAGUGAAGGGUGUAAAAGGAGAAGUUAAGAUACUUCCAUGAACCUUGAAGGCUUUUUCCAGAGCAGUCCUUAUACAAUCCCAUUUAUAACUAAGCAGUUGAGGGUUAUGGGUUUUGCUUGUUGGGAUUUUAACUCACAUCCUUCUGUUCAGAAUUCCAACAUCUUAAACACUGUACAUGGAAUCAGAUUCCCAAUUACAGAUUAAUUAAUUAAUUAAUUACCACUCAGAACAUCAGGUAGCCAUGUAGCCACCCAACCUUCUUCAGCGGCUUUUUCUAAUCCUUCACACCAACAAACCAUUUCUCCAGUUCAUUACUGUGAUCUUGUUCUGAUUAGCGUCAGUGUUUCCAUCUGCCUGAUCAAAGAGUCAGUUUAUAAAUAUUAAUGAACAGAAACCAAUUAAAAAGAAGAAGAUGCUAAAUUGGAGACGUAGUAAAUGUGAGACAGUAGACCAGUAGGACUAGUGUUAGAUACAGCAGUUUACUAGUUUAUUCUUCUUUUGUUUCUUACAUGCUCUGUUUUGUCAUGUUUUAUGUGCUUGUUGUAAUGAUGAAAUGGUAUUUAAAUGAAUAAAAAAAUCAUAGAAAGUAAGAAAGAACAGAGUGAAACGUGGUAGUAUGCGGUUUGUACUUCACAUGUUCCUCACUGGAGAUGGAUCAUCAGAGCAGAUAUCAUGAUGGUGUAUUCUCAUGUCAGCGUUGAUGUAGUCGGGUUGGAAUGUUCAGCCGAGUUUAGUGAGCGUUCACCUCUGCCAUGUUUGCUCUGGUCUCCCAUGUGACCCUUAUUAUAAAGUUAUUUUUACUCCGUAAUUACAGCCUCGUCAUUUCUCGCUGAUCCGUGAUGUGAAAUAAAACGCCACUGUCUC